AUGCGUCUGGCUUUUGCUGACAUGAAAUCUUGUGAUGUUGGGUCUAGCAUGUAUAGUGUUUCGGGUGUGCUGAAGGCUGCAGCCGAGCUUGCUGCUUUGGAGCAGUGUAGGAUACUAUAUACGCAUGCUGUUGUGACGGGGCUUGAUGUGAAUUUAGUUGUAGGGACUGCUUUGGUUGAUGUCUAUGGGAAAGCUGGGUUUGUGUCUGAUGCUAGGCAGGUUUUUAAUAAGAAUUUUCUGGUGCUAAAUCUUGUGGAUGCAGUGUCAUGCUGGCAGCAUAUGCACAACAAAGGGAUAAGGAAGGUGGAUGAAGUUGCACAAGUGAGGAAGAUGAUGAAAGAUAUGAGGGUUGAAGAAGGUAGGAGGAAGGAGUUGGAUUGA